ACAGGAAUUUAUUUUAAUUGUUCAUGAGAGCAUUAGCUAAUUCUCGGUGUAGUCCAAAUAGUAUUUGUAAAGUAGAAUUUAAUUGACUCUGGAGAGAGUGACCAUGGUGCAUUGCUUCGCUUUGUUACGUCAGUAACUCGGAGAGAGAUGUCGGCGUGUAGGUGGCAGUGGUAGUGUGUGUGAUUAUUGAUUUAAUUUUGUUAUUUUGCCUCACUAAAUUCCCUACUUAAAUACUUAAUAAACAUAAAAAUGGCAAACCCAUGUGCUACGGCAAAGGAAUUCAUCGUUGGUGGAAAAUAUCGGUUAGUGCGAAAAAUCGGUAGUGGUUCGUUUGGUGACAUUUAUCUGGGCAUCAACAUUACAAAUGGCGAGGAAGUGGCCGUAAAAUUGGAAAACGUCAGGGCCAGACAUCCUCAGUUGCUGUACGAAAGCAAAUUAUACAAGGUCCUGAACGGUGGCGUCGGAAUACCACAUAUACGAUGGUAUGGUCAAGAACGCGAUUACAAUGUUCUUGUUAUGGAUUUACUGGGACCUUCUCUAGAAGAUCUCUUCAAUUUCUGUUCGCGCCGUUUCACAAUCAAGACGGUUUUGAUGUUAGCUGACCAGAUGAUAGCACGUGUGGAAUUUGUGCAUUGUAAGAGCUUCAUACAUCGAGACAUCAAACCAGACAAUUUCCUCAUGGGUAUUGGCAGGCAUUGUAAUAAGCUUUUCUUGAUAGAUUUUGGAUUAGCAAAAAAGUUCCGUGAUAAUCGAACACGCCAGCACAUAAUAUAUCGUGAAGACAAAAACCUAACAGGCACUGCACGUUAUGCCAGCAUUAACGCUCAUUUAGGAAUUGAACAAAGUCGUAGGGAUGAUAUGGAAUCUCUGGGGUACGUGCUCAUGUACUUCAACCGUGGCAGUUUACCCUGGCAAGGUCUUAAGGCUGCAACAAAAAAACAGAAAUAUGAGAAGAUAAGUGAAAAGAAGAUGUCAACACCUGUUGAGGUUUUGUGUAAAGGUUUCCCAGCUGAAUUUGCCAUGUACCUCAACUACUGCCGUGGACUGAGAUUUGAGGAAAGCCCUGAUUACAUGUAUCUGCGGCAACUUUUCCGUAUCUUGUUUCGCACAUUGAACCACCAGUAUGACUACACGUUUGACUGGACAAUGCUGAAGCAGAAGUCUGUACCACCAUCAGGUGCCGGUCCAUUGGCUGCAGGUGGAACCACAGCAGGCGUAGCCACGCCAGGUGAGAGGUCGGCCAAGGAGCGUGGUGACCGGACGUGAAGUGUGUGUCUCCCUCUGUCCUUGAUGAUGUUGAAUCUGCGCUUGAUCAACACACAGCUGUGUCCUUUGUAUUAUUUAGAAAUGUCAAAACACUGUUUGUAAUUGUUUAUUAAAAAUUUGAAGACGUGGGCACUUUUAAAAUUUUUAUUUCGGUAUUUCUUCAAUGAUUCUACUUAUUGAGAAACAUGAAAGUGAAUUCCUCUACUCAAAAGAUAGGAAGUAAAAGACAGUGUAAUUGCGGAAAACUGAAGCAAUAUUUCUUUUUUUGCUUCAGUGCAGUUUGAGAAGCAUUUUUCGUGUAAGCUACAUAAAAUAAUCUUAAAGGCACUGUUUCCUUUUUUUUCUUUUUUAUUCGAUUCACACAGUGUGUUUGAUGUUUGUGAGAGAAAUAGCCUAAGUUUGUUUUAAAUGCAGCAGGCAAUCACUUGUUCUCAACUCUGUUUUGUAUUCUGUCUUACACAUAAAUAAAAUUGAGAAAGUUGUCUAGCCACAUGGUUUAUGGUUGAAUGUAGUUUCUAAUAAAUUGCCUGUCUUCUGUUGAUUGUUCAGUGUUUUUAAUAUAUUAUCAUAUGUAAAUAAGUACACAUACAUGUUCGUGAAGAUAUAUUUUUUCUGUUCCUGUACAUAAUGUUAAUAUUAUGGUAGAUACUUAUGUAUAUUAACUUGACGCAAGCGAGAAUCGUGUGGAACAAAUAAUUUUUCGUAUGUGGAGAAACACACACUCUGUGGUUUCUUUAACAUUUCAAACACUUGAAAAGAUAGCGUUUUUGUAUUUCGUGAUCAUUAAUUUGCCAAGGCUGCAUUUUAAUGCUGCAAACUGGAAUAAAAAUAAAUGAAGAAUA